CAUACUUCUACUGCGACGGCCACGAGUGCGCACACGCGUCUAAUUUAUUUACUACUUUUUGCCAUCAUGUCGGAUCGAGAGUUUAGUUCAAACGACGACCUGUCGCUUCCUAAAGCGACGGUUCAAAAAAUAAUCACAGAGAUCCUCCCCCCCUCAUCCGGCCAAACAUUCUCUAAGGAUGCCCGCGAUUUGCUUAUGGAAUGUUGCGUCGAAUUUAUCACGCUGAUUUCCUCGGAGGCCAACGAUAUCAGCGAAAAAGAGGCUAAGAAAACUAUUGCCUGUGAGCAUGUCGAGCGCGCCCUACGUGAUCUUGGGUUUGGCGACUACAUCCCAGAUGUUCUUGCUGUCGCAGAGGAACACAAGGAGCAGCUGAAGUCUCGUGAAAAGAAGCAGAGUAAAAUGGAGCAGAGCGGGUUGUCAGAAGAAGAGCUCCUUCGACAGCAGCAGGAGCUAUUCCGCUCAGCCACUGAGAAAUACCAUGCUGCUCCAGAGUAAAGGUUACGAGCGAUGCCCACGGAUUAAUGCGGUUGUCUCAUGCUGGUCAUAGAGGAUCUGGUUUGGAGUUUGAGAAGUUCUACGGUGAUUGGAGUUUGGCGGAUCUGGCUUGAUAUCUAUGAGGGUCUCAGUUUCUAUCUAUUUCUUUAUUUCAUCGUUAGUUCGAUUGGUUUCUUAUUCUGCAUGAGUGUACGAUUUCUCAGGCAUGGUGAUGGCGCGACCUGUAUCAUCCCCGGAUAUGGUACUUAUACCCAUGGUAGCGAUCAACCGGAGUCCAAGGAAUAACAGCAUGAGCGUUUGCCUUCUGCUUGGUGAUGCCGUCACAGUCAUGUUGGCUUAGCACUGUAGGCGUCGAGCCACGAAUUUGCG